AUGGCUGGAUUCGAGGACUUCUGCGCGUCGCUCGGGCUCUCCGUGGGUAUCGGAAAGUUCCUUGUGUGCUACCUGAUCAGCAUCCCCUGCUGCUUCCUCCAGCGCCUCCUCCCAGCCGGCACCGUCCGCCAUAUCUGGGCCACGCUCUCCGGUCUCGUGCUCACGUACAUUGCGUUCGGAUAUGAAUCCCUGGGGCAUUGCGUGGUGGCGUGCGUGGUGGCGUACGGAUCCAUGCUCGUGUACCGGAAGAAAUGCGGAGUGAUCACCUUCUUUACCACCUUCAUCUACCUCAUCGGCUGCCACGUGUUUUACAUGAGCGGCGAUUCGUGGCGGCAAGGAAACAUCGACUUUACUGGCGCCAUGAUGAUCCUCGUGCUCAAGGUCACGUCCGUCGCGUACGACUACGAGGACGGCGGCAAGCCGCGCAAGCCGGACGACGCCAAGACGGCGGCGAUCAGCGACGCGCCGAAGCCGAUCGUGGCGAUGCCGAGUCUGCUGCAGUUCCUGGGCUACACCUUCUGCUGCGGGCUGCACUUCGCCGGACCCUUCUACGACUUCUCCGCCUACAACGACUGGAUCGACCGCAAGGGGAUCUGGGCACCAGGCACUCGCACAGCGCCCGCGCUGGUGCCGUUCCUGCGCGCGUUCAUUCAGGGCAUCGUGGCGGCCGUGAUCCAGCUGAAACUCGCGUCCAUCCUCGAUAUAGACAUCCUCAAGACACCCAAGGUGUACUUCGCCAUGCCGUACUGGCGGCGCUUCCUGUUCAUCUACCACGCGUGCGAGGUCACCCGCUGGAAGUACUACUUCAUCUGGUCGAUUUCCGAAUCCGCCAUGAUUGCCGCUGGGCUGGGCUUCAGCGGGUGGGUGCGCAAGAUUGGCAAGGGGGACGAGGGCGGGAAGGAGAACGGGGGAAAGGCGGACGGGGAGGGGAAGGAGAAGCGCGUGGGAGGGAGCUUCACGGAGGUGGCGUCGUGGAAGCGCGCGCAGAACUGCCACAUUCUGGGCGUCGAGCUCGCGACCAGCACGGCCACGCUCGCCACCAACUGGAAUAUCUCCGUCGGCCUCUGGCUGCGCACCUAUGUGUACGAGCGGCUGGUGCCGGCUGGCGGGAAGCCCGCGUUCGGGCAUCUGCUGCUCACGCAGAUCGUCAGCGCGCUCUGGCAUGGUCUGUACCCUGGCUACUUGCUCUUCUUCGUUGGCGUGGCUCUUGAGAUCGCCGGCUCACGAGUGAUCUACAAGUACGAGCGUGCCAUCCCCCCUCAAGCAACCUUCCUGAAGGGGUUGGCCACGGUGCUGCACGCCAUCUACGCGUGCUUCUGCAACAACUAUGUCGCCAUUGGCUUCAUUGUGCUGACAGCGCAGGAAACCAUCACAGCAUACAAGGGGCUGCUCUAUCUGGGCAACAUUGUGCCGCUUGCCAUCGUCGUCCUCGGCAACUUCCUCCCCUCGCCGCGACCCUCUCGCCGCGCCAAGACCGAGUAG